CCUAAUGACAGAGUGACAUUUCAAAAGUUUGUACUUUUCGCAAGUGAGAUCUGUUUAUAUUCGGUUCUUGCUCAGUAAUUUAUAGUAAAAACUGUUAAAAUUUACUAAAAAAUACUUCAGUUUUGUAGUUCUGUGAUACAGCAAUCAACCAGCAACAAUGGCCCGUCGUUAUGAUUCCCGCACCACGAUCUUCUCGCCGGAAGGCCGCCUGUACCAGGUCGAGUACGCGAUGGAGGCCAUCUCGCACGCCGGCACGUCGCUCGGCAUCUUGGCCAAGGACGGCAUCCUGCUGGCGGCCGAACGGCGCAACACCAACAAGCUGCUGGACUCGGUCAUCUUUUCCGAGAAGAUUUACAAGCUGAACGAUGACAUGGUCUGCUCGGUGGCCGGAAUCACGUCGGAUGCGAACGUGCUGACGAACCUGCUGCGAGUGAUUGCCCAGCGUUACCAGCUGAACUACGGCGAGGCCAUGCCCUGUGAGCAGCUGGUGUCGCACCUGUGUGACGUCAAGCAGGCCUACACGCAGUAUGGUGGCAAGCGCCCGUUCGGAGUGUCCAUCCUGUACAUGGGCUGGGACAAACACUACGGCUACCAGCUGUACCAGUCCGACCCGAGCGGAAACUACGGCGGCUGGAAGGCGACCUGCAUUGGGAACAACUCGGCGGCCGCCGUCUCAUCCCUCAAGCAAGAGCUGGGAGAUACCGAAAUCACACUUGGCCAGGCUCAGGAUCUCGCCGUUAAGGUGCUGUCCAAGACCCUGGAUAUGACCAAGCUGACGUCCGAGAAAAUCGAAAUGGCCGUGCUCACCCGCGAGAACAACAAGACGGUCAUCAAGAUUCUGUCCAGCACGGAAGUUGACGCCCUGAUCGCCAAGUACGAGAAGGCCGAAGCGGAAGCGGAAGCCGCCAAGAAGGAAAAGCUCGCCCAAAAGUCGGACAAGUGAGCGCGCUCGCAGAGUGUUAAGGUGUUAACGUAAGUUUAUUUUUUCAUUUCGGAUUUGGUACGCAACCGGUUCUCGGAACGGUGCAAAAUACAUUCGUAAAAUA